AUGAGCAUACCAUACCGCGGCCAUGACUCUGGCCGAGUGGCUUUACCCCCACAAAAUGGAACUAUUACGUCAUCUUUCGCAACUUUGAAGUUUGCAUCAUCAGCAACAGCUAGUCCUACUGAGAAGAACGCGAAGAACGCAAAUUCUAGAACAUUCACAAUCAAGAACGGGACGUUUGCCUCUGAAGGGACCGCCAAAAUACCUACGUCAACAGCGACCACCAGAAACCCAACGUCUACACCGAGCGUCAGAUCUCUCGCGCAUAGACUCUACACAGCUGUCUACCUCCCUUAUGAAGCCAGUCCAAGGUUGGAUAGAAGAUGUGAAGCAAUACCAGCUGGUCUUGUAAGCCGAAGGAAGCUCAAUCUUAAACCAUUAUCUUGGGAAGGACUGGAAAACAAAUUUCGCUGCCUUGGUGUAAUUGCCGGAGGACGAUGGAAGCCCCUUGACUGCGUUCCCCAAACUCACGUGGCCGUCAUCAUUCCAUUCAGAGACAGAGAAGAACAUCUGAGGAUAUUUCUGAACAACAUGCAUCCAAUGUUACAGAAGCAGAAAUUGCAUUACGGAAUAUACGUAGUAGACCAGCACGUAAGGACUCUUUUCAAUCGCGCCAUGCUGAUGAAUAUAGGGUUUGUGGAAGCUGGAAAAAUAGAGGAUUAUGAUUGCUUUAUUUUCCAUGAUGUGGACCUUCUAGCUGAAAACGAAUUAAAUAUGUACACUUGCACGGAGAAACCAACGCACAUGUCAGUUGCAAUAGACAAGUAUAAUUAUAGACCCGUUUAUCCAAACCAGUUUGGAGGUGUGACUUCGCUGACCAAAAAGCAUAUGCGCCUAGUUAACGGCUUUCCCAAUGUUUACUUCGGUUGGGGUGCGGAGGAUGAUGACAUGUCAUUUCGGGUCCGGCGCAAAGGAGCACCAGGUUUACGUUUUAUUGCUAGAGAUAUUGGCCGAUAUACUAUGAUGAAUCAUACGAGUAAUCAAAAAUCAAAUCCUCGCUAUUCUUUAAGCGUGAAGCUGUAUAUAUCAGCCUUUAAGAGGUUUGCAACGGAUGGUCUGAACAAUGUGAAUGGCUCUUAUACGGUAUUGAAAUUGGAGCAACUCCCACUGUAUACAAGGAUCUACGUAGAUGUGGAUGAAAAGAGAAUCCUAAUGAAUAAACAGCUUUCAAAGUUCCAAGAUCAUAAAUGGUUAAGAUCGGUUCUCACAACGAACAUGACAUUUGUCAAUGCAACCUCCAGCCGUUCUUCCAGCUACCAAUAAACAUGCAACUAUUUCCCCAU